AAGACUGCAGUUCAAACUGAGGAUAAUUUAUUUAUUUACGUACUUAAAGAGUGUUGGAUUGUUUUUCCCGUCUUUUUGUGCUUUUUUCCUUUUUGCAUUUCCCAUCGCUCUCACCCUAGUUCUCUAAUUUUCCCAGAGUUCAUUCUGGCCGGCCCCGUGACCUCUAAAGGAGAGGAGGACUUCCUCUCUCUGGCGGCCUCCCGCCUCAGCCGCAGGAAGCGCGUCAUUGGCGCUGCAGUGGGCGUGGCCAUGGUACUGGUUCUACUGGUUGCUAUCCCGCUGUUAGUCCACAGCACCAAGCUGGGAGGAGCCGGCAGCGGAGGGACGCAUUAUGAAAUGUUGGGCAGCUGUAAGAUGGUGUGUGACUCCCUUACGCCCACUAAUGAACUCACACCUGUUUCCCCACCUCCACAAGACAUCCCUGGGCGCAGAGGUGGAGCGAGAUCUGGUUUCCGAGGUAACCCGGGGCUUCCGGGGCCCCCAGGCCCAAGAGGGCCACCUGGUGAGCCAGGCAAACCAGGUCCCCCUGGUCCCCCUGGCCCUGGCCCAGGAGGAUAUGUCCCUUCUUUCUAUAGUCCCAAAAUAGCCUUCUACGCUGGCCUACGUAAGCAGCACGAGGGCAGUGAGAUCCUCAAGUUUGAUGAUGUGGUGACCAAUGUGGGGAAUUACUAUGAGCCCACCACAGGCAAAUUUACCUGUCCUCUGCCUGGAAUCUACUACUUCACCUACCACGUCCUUAUGAGGGGAGGGGACGGAACCAGCAUGUGGGCGGACCUCAAGAAAAAUGGGCAGGUGAGGGCCAGUGCCAUUGCGCAGGAUGCAGACCAGAAUUACGACUACGCCUCCAACAGUGUGAUACUGCACUUAGACGUGGGGGACGAGGUGUGUGUGCAGCUGGACGGUGGAAAGGUGCACGGGGGAAACACCAACAAAUACAGCACCUUCAGUGGAUUUCUCAUCUACCCUGACUAACACACACACACACACACACAGACAUCUACCAUCUAUAUGAAUUACGAAUUACAGAUGCAAAUGCAAGUGAAAAUUGAUGAAGGAGCGUAUUGAAUUUCAUAAUGCCUUCGCUAGUGUAGUACAUGUGCGUGUGAGCGUGAUUUUAAAUUUGUUCUGAUAAUUAUCAGUCUUAACUUUACAGUUGCUGCCAAGACCCAGGCUGACACACACACACACACAUGCACACAAGCACAAACACUGCCCUGAAGGCAUUUGCGUCAAUCACAUUGUUAAUGAGGUUGUAGAGUGAUAGUAUUGACAGAAUGUCACUAAUUCCGCUCACAUAAUUCGCCUCGACCCACACACACAGAAACUCACAGGUCUCCACAGUUCACUGCACACAUCGAUAGGUUGAGUUUCCUCAGUGUUUCAGCAUCUUUUAGCCUGAUCCCCAACCUGCCAUAUCUGUAGUGUACAGUCCAUUACCCCACAUGAUCAUUUCCCUGUUCUCACAACUAAACAAGUUAAAAACACACAUUAACCCAUUAACUCUUUAGCAGGCACUGUAAACACACUGUGAGCCUUUUUUCUUUAAGAAAUCUUUAGCAGUUUGACCUUAUUCCCCGCAUUGAAUAGAGUAUAUAAUGCAAAUUAUAUCGCCUGGAUGCUAAUUUCAUUUAAAAAAAGCAGAAGUAUAUUGGCAUAAUGUGGCUCAUUUAUGCCAAGCUACACAGAACAUUGUUGUAAGAAAAGUAUAUAUAUAUAUAUAUAUAUAGUAUCAGUCAAAAGUUUAGAUGCACCUUAAAUUCAGUGGUUUUUUUUAUUUACUAUGUUCUGCAUUGCAGAUUAAGGUUAUCCAAACUAUGAUAAAAUACAUAUGGUUUUAUGUAUUAAACAAAAAAAAGUGUUAAACAAACCAGAAUACGUUUUAUAUUUUAGAUUCUUCAAAGUAGCACCUCGUGCUUAGAUGACAGUUUUGCCCAUCUUGGCUGGAUUUUCUCAGUCAGCUUCAUGGAGUAGAGUCACCUGGAAUGGUUUUCAGUUAACAGCUGUGUUGAACUUAUCAAAAAUUUAUUCAUUGAAUUUUGGGCCUCUUAAUGUGUUUAAGAGCAUCAGUUGUAAAGUUGUGAAGGGUAAGAGUUACAGGGAUACAGUAAAUAGCCCUAUUUGAGUAAUGUUAUAAUCCAUAUUAUGAAAAGAAUGACUCAACUAAGUAAAGAAAAUGUACUUUAAGAAAUGAAGGUCAGUCAAUCCAAAAAAGUUCAAGAACUUAAAAAAAGUAUCCUCAAGUGCAGUCGCAAAGACCAUUAAAACAUUAUGAUGAAACUUGCACUUAUCAGGACUGGCCCAGGAAGGAAGAGCAAAACUUAACUCACAGGAUAAGUUCAUUAGUACUACCAGCCUCAGAAACUGCAAGUUAACAGAACCGCAGAGAACAGCCACCUAAAUGCUUCACAAAGUAUUUUGGUUUGUUUAACGCUUUAAAAUGUACUAAAUGAUUUCGGUACCACUUUAAAAUAAGACUACCUUUAUAAAGCGUUUAUAAAUGGUUUAUAAUUAGUUUAUUAAUGGUUACUAAUUAGGUUGUUAAUGCCUUAAAAAUCAUUAAUCAGUUACAACACAUACGUAGAAAGGGCAACAAUGACCUGUUGUUUGCCAAAUAGUGAACUCACAGCCAUCUAUAUUGUUGCCCUUUCAUGUGUUAUGACUGAUUAUUAAUGAUUUUUAAGGCAUUUACAACCUAAUUAGUAACCAUUAAUAAACUAAUUAUAAACCAUUUAUAAACCCUUUAAAUGUCUUAUUUUAAAGUGGUACCAUGAUUCUUUAUGUGUUGUGGAUGACUUCAGUAUUAAUUUUGAUUUAGAAAACCUUUAGAAAGUAAAAAAAAAUGCAGAAAAUGUGAAGGAUAUUUUGACUGGUACUGCACAUUUGUUGAUAUUUUUUUUAGCACAUUAAAUUAAACAUUAAACUAGUUCUAUUGUGUAACAGUGACUGUAGUUCUUUUUAUUUCAUGCAUAGAAUUAUUGUAACCAGGCAAGUCAACAGAAAUACUAAAUUAGGAUCCAGUAACAUAAUUUUACCAAUAUUUGUUUUUCAAGUCAUUUGGGUUUCUUUGAUGUGAAACGCCCAGUGUGAUGGUGACAGGAACCAGACAUUUGAAGUGCCUGAUGCCACUAAAAGCUACCUCACAAAAACUAAUUGCAUGUCGUAGUUACAAAUAUGUUGCCUGAUGCCUCGAACAUUGCUGUACAGAUGAUUUAGGGUAAAGUUCCUUAAUGUAUUAAAUGUAUUAAAAAGACCUUACGUGUAUUUAGUGUAUGGUGGAGAGGCACAUGCUAGGCUGAAACCUUUUUAUAUAUAUUGUGGUCCACAUUACAUAUCAUAUACAGUAUAACUAUAUUACAUAUAUCACCUCAGACACUAUGUAGAGAUCCAUGUUUCUUUUUUUUUUCAGUCAGAAGUUAUUUAUAAUAAAAAAUGCAUUGUAGACACAAGCUCUGGUUCCUAUCACCACCACGGCCAAGAAAUUUCAUUUACAUUGAAUCAGUUUACACCAAAACACUAAAAUAAUUGGUUUAUAACUACUUCAUAAGGCACAAAUUAUGCAGAAUAUUUAAAAAAAUCAGUGGAGUUUCCUUUUUAACUUGACUUAUUAUAAUUUUAUGUCAGUAACUGAAUGGCCCAGAAUUUAACUAAAAGGUUAUCAAUAAAACAGACUGAGAGUGUUAUACUAUUACUAUCCAUAUCAACUUUCUUUCCAGAUUGACUGUCCUUACAAAAGUAAAGAACGUUUGUUUUGGUUCUCUUAAAGCCAACAUAUUGAACAGUAAGAAAUCUGUCCUCUUUCCUCUUGUCAAAUUGUGAACAUGAGAUUCUGGUGAUUGCUGAUAUCUGUCAGUCCAUUGUUUAUUGAAUGUUGAGCAUGAGCUGUUGUGUUUUUCUCCAGUAUCAUUCUUUUAAAGUCUUUCUGAAGUCAAAUUAAUGAUAAUUGUUAAGAAAAGUCUGAGAAGCAUAUCCUGUGUGCUGUUUCUUUUUCUAUUUUAAUUUAACCUCAGCAGUAACUAAGACUGAACUGAAUUACACUGCAAAUGAUACAGGGACUGAUCAUAAACAGGGAAAAAUAUACAAAUAUAACUAAAACUCAGAACUGAGAGAUGCUCCUGUAUUGUAAGAGAAAGUCUUCAUAAUAGUAUGAUUUCUUUUUGCAGCAUGAAUACACACUAUGUUGUUUCCAGAUGUACUGUAUCUUAAUAUGUACAUUAUAUUUAUCUUACUUUAUAACAGACGAACUCUGAGGUCUGCUGUUCUCUGGUGUAUUAUAACAUAAGGAUGUGGUACAUACAGUAUAUUAUCAACUGUACAAUACAUGUAAUGUGUCUGUAUACUGGGGUGGGUGAGUGGUGUGUGGGGGUAAUGGGGGUGGGGGGAGAAAGAGUGAUUGUGCCCCAAUCAACCUGUAAUAUAAAACCACAUGUAUGUGACUGUGUUGACUCAUGGUGUGAUUAAUGUACUUAUACAUAUGAGCUUAAAGUGUACCUAGUAACGGGCUGAAUGUCGCUGCAAUGCCUUGCAAUUCCAGAACUGUGCAGUUCUUUAUUAUGCAUAUUUAUUCUGCCAUAUUGAACAGUAUAUAAGAAUAAAGAGAAGUUUCAAAG